UGAUGGUGCUUGUACGAAAGUGAAUUUUUCAUUGUACUACGUUUCUUAGUUAUUCUAAAUUUUGAAGUACCUCUUCAGUCUACCAUGACCUCAGUUCAGUAGUGCCAUGUUCGUGUUGAAUUCCUUGUCCAAGAGCUCAGCAAAAGCAAACUCUUCUCAUUCUCUAUCUAACCAAAGUCCAUGUGAUGUACUAAUGUAGGAAGUUCGGUAUCAGCGAUUUUAAUAGGGAUACAAGAAAUAUGUAUCUAUUCGUAAUGACCUAAUUGAAGCAAUUGACUGCAAAUCCUUUUCCAGGUCUUCUUUAUCCCGGACUUGUCUCCUUUGUAAAUCCCUCAACAGCUUCGUCUUGACCGUCCCUAUAGCUUCUCUUAUACCCCAAGUGAAUUUUCUUCUGUAAAACAUCACAACUAAACUUGAGCAGUUGUUUCACGUUCUCAUUUAGUAGUAACUUCCACUUAUAAGUAAAUUCGUCACUUGGCUCCUCUUAUCCAUGACAAGUAUGAUGUCAAGACCAGCGCUGGGUCAAUAAUUUUUUGAUACCGCGAGUGACCGUUCACCUCUUAGAAACUCUUUCAAGUUUUCUAAUUUGACAUUUUUUCGCUUUCUACAGUCGGAAUCUAGCUGUGCUUUUAGAAUUCCAUGGUUUUAGUACCAUGGGUUAUGAGAAUAAGAUCUGCUAGCUUGGGUCAAAGUGAAUCCUGUACUCACCCGGACGCAAAUGCUAGUGACUUAACACAACCCAUAUGUGCACCUGAAUGAACUCCUAAUACUAGAAUUAAUGCGCCAGAGCAGUUCUACCAAAAAACUGGCGCCGAAUGUUGAUCCGGUACUGAAGAUGGCCAACACUAUCUCAAAUAUGAGAGUUGCUAACUCCAUCAAAGGACUCGUCAGUAAAAAGAAAAAAAGAUACACGGAAGAUGGUUUUAAUCUUGAUUUAACUUACAUAACGAGUAAUCUAAUAGCGAUGGGUUAUCCAGCCGCUAAAAUAGAAGGAUUUUAUCGAAAUCACAUCGAUGAAGUUGUCAAGUUUCUAGAAGAAAAACAUAGAGACCACUACAAAAUUUACAAUCUGUGUUCAGAGAGAUCCUAUGAUAUUAAUAAGUUUCAGUCUAGGGUAGCCACCUAUCCUUUUGACGACCAUAAUCCUCCCAAAAUGGAAACUAUCCAACCAUUUUGUGAAGAUGUUCACAGCUGGCUGUCUGCUCACGAAAGUAAUGUAGCCGCCGUCCAUUGUAAAGCAGGAAAGGGUAGAACAGGUGUAAUGGUAUGCUGUUAUAUGUUGUACUGUCAGCAGUUCAAAACUGCUCAGGAAGCACUAAGUUUCUAUGGACAGAAGAGGACUACUGACACUAAAGGAGUCACAAUCCCAAGUCAGAGGAGGUAUGUUGGCUACUUUGCCUCAUUAGUGAACGAAGGACUCACAUAUAAACCUGUCACAAUGUUUAUUCGUGAGAUUAUCAUUCAACCCCUACCCACCAUUUUUAGCAAUGCCCACGGGUGCUUGCAGUUUCAGAUCUCCAAUUCCAAUACUAGAUUGCAUUCGUCUGAGUCUAUAGAAGUUAAGAAAGGCUCACCCUUCAUCCAUAUCACUAUGGACCAAUGUAUUCCCCUAGAGGGCGAUGUGAAAGUGGAAUUUUCCCACAAGCCAAAAAUGAUGCUCAAGGAAAAGAUGUUUCAUUUUUGGUUCAAUACCUUUUUUAUUCGUGAAAGACUUCAUGUACCUGAAAUAGCUAAUGGUAAAAACCAUUUUGAUAGUACUCAUCCGAGAUAUAAUUCUCAUCCGGUGGAUAGUGAUACAAACUUAUUUACUCUUAGAAUAGAUAAGUGGGACUUGGAUGUCGCACAUAAAGACAAGCAAAAUAGCAAGUACAGCCCAGAUCUAAAGGUAAGCUUAAUUCUGCAACAAGUGGAGCGCGACACUCCCUGGUCAAGAGUUCAGAGAGGUAUCAACGAAUCAACAGAAGUAGACUCAAGUCUUGACUCCUCCAGUUCAGAGGAGUCAGAAGAAAGCGAAGAAAGUUGGGAAUCUGAAGUGGGCGUCCAAGUUGGGUGCUACCAGUUGCUGUCAGAAGCAGACAAAGGAAUUACUCAAUCAUUAUCAUCAUAGUAAGCAUCACCUCAGCAACACUGCGCUUUGAGUCCAUGACACUAUUUUAAUUUAUUGAUAAGCAUUAUUUGUGCAGUUAACUCAUUUCAGGAGAUGCAGAACGAGCAAUGUAAAAAGACUAUCUGAUUCCGAAUUAAAGAAAUUCAUGAUUAAAGUUGUCCAAAUUGAACAAUUCUCAACUGAGGUCUUGCCUUGCUAAAAAUGGAGGUUCUGCUAUCCUUAAUUUUGGCUCUUACCAGCCAAAAAUUUGUGCAUGUGUGCGUCAUUUUAAAAGCAACACAUUAACGACCAUGAUUGAGUUCUACUUUUUUAAGCUGUAUAUAACUCCUCAAGCGAACCUCAUCUGAAUGGCACUUCGCAAUGAUUGCUAAAUUUUUAGGUCAAGCUGUAUUCCCCCUGUCAAGGCCUCUCUUCUUUUUACAAUCUUAAAAUUUCAAGUGAGAAAUGAUGUGUAGCAGAGGUGAUAUAAUUCAAUAUUAUGAACUCUUGGUUCAUAUCAGAAAUGAAAAUUACCGCUGAAAGAUAGACUGAAAAUUAAUUUUUUGUGAUUUCUCAAUCCCAGCUUUUCAAGCACAGUUGUUCAACAGUUCAUACACAUAUUCAUGAAAAAUUUUCAAGCUCACUUUCUUUACUGAUCAUAUGUUAACAGAAAUUUCUUGCGCCAGUGGCUGUUAGAAACACCAUCAGUAGAAUGAUUCAGAAAUUUUACCAGAACGUUUGUUAUUAUAAAUGGCCUUUUACAUUGCUCGCGUCUAGACUCAGUUUGUGUACGUUUAAUGCUGACUAUACCAUUUUAUGUACAGUGUUAUAAACAGCCUUGUGGACUGCAAAAGUUUCAGAACGUUAAGUUAUGCCACCGUUAUUUUCAGGAGAAAAUUUUAUCGUGAACCGCAUCGGUUCUUAUGUAUGAAUGUUAAGGGUAGUAUUAAUUCUUGAAGGAUCCAAGCAAAUUUUAAUGCAGCAAAUACUUUAAUGUAUAUUUUGUGUGCCCAUCAAAUCCUCCCACAGCGAUGGUAAAUUAGUUACGUGUUUAAAGGUCCAAUUCUCCAGUCUUAAUUGUUUGCUUACUCAUCAAUUCACUUUAAUAAGUGUCAAUCUCUGGUGAGGUCGUUCAAUUUACUAGGGUAAAGUUCACAACUACUUAAUGAACACUAACCAAUCAGUUUGAAGUUCACACAGUAUUUUUCUGGUAGAAAAUGAUCUCUAUUAUAUAUUUUGAGUGACUCAAAUUUUUGAGGUUUGCAUCAUCACAUCUAUUCUCUGAUAUUAAGUCCGUGCAUUUUGCAGAGAAGCUUUUUUUUUUAAUACCCCAGAUUUUUAAUUAUUGAGAAUGGCAUGAAAAUUAACGAAAAGUUGGAAGCAUUAAAAGAAUUUUUCAGCAGGCCGCUUACUGAAAGUUAAAAUCAAUGCAAUAAGACAUCGAUAUGCAAUAUAUUGCAAGGUUAAGAUAGGGAUUUGUCUAUUCUUGUUGUUCUGAUUAAGUUUCAAUAAUCGAGCCGCAGGGAAACAACCAUAUUUUCCUCUCUCAGCCAAGUGAUUUAGAAUAGUCUAUGUAAGGUACCAAUAGCCUCUGUGUAUCAUUUGAAGUUACACAAAAGUGUAAGAAGUUGAUCGAAUGAAACGGUGAUUAACUGUAGGUAAUUCUUUUAGCCAAUAGCCUAAAAAGGUCCUCGAGGUCUCUUUAAGUCAAAUUUCGUAUAAUUUGUACCAGAAUUAACUUUUGACGAGGAAGAGACCCUUUAGCUGCAUUUAAGCUGCAUGUAAGAGCCAACAAAUAGCUCAGUUGCGUCAGUGAGCUCUCGAAGAGUUCCUUUUUAAUAUAAGCAGCCACUCUAUGAAGAAACACUGAAGAAUAAAAGCACGGUUCGAAUUGUUUUAAUGUUUAAUCCCUCUAAUUUUUCAUCCUUAUUUUCAAUUAAUCUUGUCAUCAAGUACGAAUUAGCAGCUAUCAUUUCUCUGACUUAAUGUCAAUUUUAAUUCUCAGCACAUUUAAACUGUAAGGAAAUGUUGAUUUUUAGUGGAGAAGUAUUCAAAAUUCUUUUCAAUUUUCUGCAAUUGUUUAUCUUUACCUCAUAUCAAUGGCCAAAGUGAGAAACCAAGUAUCCCCAUCGCAGCGUUUUGAAAUUUCUGCUCCUAUUUUAUUUUUUUUGAAGAGAUAAAAGUCAACUUUGCGGUUUAAAAUUUUGCCAGAAUAGCCUGCUUACAGAAAAAAAAAGGGGGGGGGGGGAAAGAAAGAAAAAAAAUCAAGGAAGUUUUCAAAAAAGUACCUUGCCUAAUUUCUUUAAAAAAAAAAGGAAAAAAAAAGAAACUGAGUAUGACAGGAAGUCUGCAACGUCAUGAACGAAGAUAAGUGGUCUCGCACUUCAGCCAUCGAUAUGAAAUUAGAAGUUUUUUAUGGACUGAAAACACAGUAAAGUACAUGCCACGCCAACAAUCGAAAUUGUAAAUAAGGUUUCCUGUAUUUUCUAAGUUGUGUUUGUAAAAAAAUAUUUUCCUAAUUUUUAAAAUACUCCCCCUUCUCUGUCCUUUCCUGUGAAUCAAACAGAAGAAGAUAUUUUUGAGCUGUAUUUUUUUAAGUUUAUUUUGAGUCAUUUUCAAGGUGUAUUAAUUGCCCAGAAAUCGACUCGAUACAUUAAUGAAACUUUUCAUCUUGAGGGAAUUGUCAAUAAAGGGCCACUAGACAGAGUUUGAACUGAUAGAAAACCUCUCUUGUUUCCUCUUCAAAAUUUUACAUAGGAAGCGAUUCACACAAUGGAAGGUUCAGAAACCAUCUUCUAAACAAGAAAUUGACUUCUUUAACACAGAUCAAAUGAAAGUUAGAUUGUAGAAAUGACGUAAUUUGUAUUUUUGCUAUUUAACCAAUCUUAUCGCGAACACUUGUAUCUUGCAUAGGAGUAGGAGUUGAUUUUCAGACUUCCUCUGUUGUGUGAAUUGGUAUCCUUGUGAAACUUCGAAGAAGGAACAUGUUGCAUGGUGCUUCAAUUCAUGCUUUUUCUAGAGGCUCUUUCACCUCUGCUGUUCCCGAUUUUUCAAACGAGACUUCCGUUUGCCGAGAUAAAUCUUGUCAUGAGUCUUAAAUAGUAAUGAUGAAUUUAUAUGUGACAAUUAGUAAUCUGUGAUACAGGAAUCAAGACAAGAAAUAUGAUCUUUCAGGAAUGUGUCUCUUAAAUUUUAUGUAAUAAUAGCAUUAAUUUCCGAAUAAUCAUUGGAAAAGCAUUGGAUUCCAGCCAUUGCACUGGAUGUAACUGUCUGUACAUAUAAGGAUGAAAGCUUGUCUGAUUGCGACUGUCUAUUUGCGAGCGUGGCUGUUUUUGUGUUGAUUCAUCUAUUUAUAUACCAAUAAUUUUGUAAAUAAAAUAAUGUGUAACAAAAAUUUA